UGGGAGGGAGGCUGAGCUCUCAGCCUUUAACCCGCGGCUUUGACCUGCCCAGGGGGGCCGGGACGGGGACGUCCCUUUUCUCCCUCCUCCCUCGGACAGCUCUCCGAGAUUGGGUUUAUCUAGUUCUGGCCAGGUUUCUGCCCAGCUUCUGCUGGGUGGGUCUCUAGGAACAGCUGGCGUUAGUGGAGUGCCUGCCGUAUGCCAAGAGUGUGCUAAAUUAAGUGAACUCAUCAUAUAGUCUCACUUAAUCCUCCUAGUGAGUGCAAAGACGGACUGGAAUCUAGUGUGUGUGUGACUCCGGGGCCAGUGCUGCUAACCAUAGCUCCUUGUGGCUACUUUUGUCAGGCUGUGUCUCGGGACAACUUGUCUCCUCUCCAUCCCACACCCUCGGUGCAGAGCUGUGCAGGCAGGAGAGGUUUCAUUGUGCUGCAUUUCCACCUUUUACUCUCAGUGUGCAAAAGCAGGGGUGUCUGCUCCUUCAUCCUCCUCCAGGACGACAUCUUUAGAGGGUAGCUCAACCGUGUAUCAGGGAAAAGGGGGAGUAGCACUGGUUGCCUUUGGUCUCUGUUUAGAUUCUGCUGUGGGAGGGUGCAGGAGUGGGGUGAGACUUCCUAGGGGUCUCCCUAUGGUGGGAUAAAUCCACCAUUCAGGGACUCUAGAUUAUUUUGAGUGCCUACUAUGUGCCAGACAUUAUGUUAACUAAAUAAAGGUGGACACCAUUGAGGCCCUCCCUCUCUGGGGGAGACUCUGGACAAGAAGUGUCCUCAUGCUCUGUUCUGGCUAUGGAGGAACAGAGAGAAGUCUUAUUUUCCAAAAACACUCUUCACUAUUCAGCCUGAGCUGGGGGAUCAUCUGACUUUAUAUUGCCCUGUCUAGUGCAUUGAAGGGGACAUUCUUUUCAGACUCCAGACCCUAUGAUGAGCUCUUGCAGAACAACAGAAUUCAGAUUGUGAGUUUGACAGAACUUCCAAAACUUGCAGAACCCCCCGGGCCUGCCUGCCAUUGCUGUGUGCUGGCUUGUGGGCUGCCUCUGUGCAAGCAAGCUCGUCAUUGACUGGCACAACUAUGGCUACUCCAUUAUGGGUUUGGUGCAUGGUUCCAGCCACCCGCUUGUUCUCCUGGCCAAGUGGUACGAGAAGCUCUGCGGGCGCCUGUCACACCUGAACUUGUGUGUGACCAACUCGAUGCGGGAAGAUCUGGCACAGAACUGGGGCAUCAAAGCCGUGACUGUCUAUGACAAGCCAGCAUCUUUCUUUAAAGAGACGCCCUUGGGCCUGCAACACCAGCUCUUUAUGAAGCUGAGCUGCACCUACUCUGCAUUCAAGGCCUGCUCAGAACCCCUGGACCCAGACACAGAGAGGUCGGCCUUCACAGAGCGGGAUCCUCAGAGUGGGGUGGUGACACAUCUUCGUGGGCGGCCGGCCCUGUUGGUCAGCAGCACGAGCUGGACAGAAGAUGAAGACUUCUCCAUCUUGCUGGCAGCAUUAGAAAAGUUUGAACAGCUGAUCCUGGAUGGAGAGAGCCUUCCUUCUCUGGUCUGUGUGAUAACAGGCAAAGGGCCUCUGAAGGAGUAUUACAGAGGCCUCAUCGGCCAGAAGCAUUUCCAGCACAUCCAAGUCUGUACUCCGUGGCUGGAGGCUGAGGACUACCCCCUGCUUCUAGGGUCGGCAGACCUGGGUGUGUGCUUGCACAAAUCCUCCAGCGGCCUGGACCUGCCCAUGAAGGUGGUGGACAUGUUCGGGUGCUGUCUGCCCGUGUGUGCCGUGAACUUCCAGUGCUUACACGAGCUUGUGAAACAUGACGAAAAUGGCCUGGUCUUUGAGGGCUCUGAGGAGCUGGCGGCUCAGCUGCAGAUGCUUUUCUCAGCGUUUCCUGAUCCUACUGGCAAACUAAGCCAGUUCCGGCAGAACCUCCGGGAAUCAGAGCAGCUUCGUUGGGAUGAGAGCUGGAAGCAGACGGUGCUGCCUUUGGUUAUGGACACAUGACCCUUUGGGCCAAAUACUGAGAGCUCCUGAGCGACGCCCAAUUCCUUUUAGUCUCUUCUAGCCUAUCUGGCCUUGACAAAUGCUUUAGAGCAGUGCCUCCCAGUGGACAGCAGCUGGAAUGACGGCUGUGGAAUGAAGUGUUUUUAUGACCCAGUUUGUGGCCCAAGAAACUGGUUCACCCUGGUUUCCUCCCUCGAGGCUCUCAAUCACUCCUCUCCUCCUGAUCUGAGUCUUUCCCCCCAGUAUUAUUACUUUCCUGUUGUUUGCACGUGGCAUCGUCAACAUCUCUUAGGCCUGUUAUGGUGUCUGCCUUUCCCAGCAUCUGCCCUGUUGUGUCCCUAGUAUUGUCUUUCCUGCCUUGAGGACAGGCACUGCAGUCUGCUGCCUUGUAAGAGUUUAAUAAGACGUGCCACAUGUACAACAGGGUUGGCUUCGUGAUGGACGUGGGUCCAGGCACCGGUGGGGGGAAACAUACUUGAUCUGUUUUUAUUUGCCCAAAUGAAAUGCUUGUUUCUGAGCCAAAAAUUCA